ACGCAUCCCGAAGCAGAGGGCUUUGCUCUUAAUGAAAACGAUAUUUCUUCUCUGUAUUCGGACUUUCCAUUAGUGAUUAAUUUUUUUUUUGACAUUUUCUUUUUUCUAAUUUAAGUGGACAUUUUUCUGGAGUGAACAAUGAGGACUACUGGUGCAGUGGACUAUUUGUACUAUUGCAUGCUCAUCCUGCAGCUUGUGCAUCAGCCCGCCGCCAAGCAAGUGCUCCGGUACCGUUUAGCAGAGGAGGGACCCGCCGAUGUCAGAGUAGGGAACGUAGCCGCCGACCUGGGCAUUGUUGCCGGGUCCGGUGAGGUGACAUUCACUCUCGAAUCAGGCUCCGAUUUUUUCAAAAUAGACAACAUAACAGGUGAGCUCACCACCAACGAGAGGCGGAUAGACCGGGAAAAAUUACAGCAGUGCCAAAUGAUAUUUGAUGAAAAUGAGUGCUUUAUAGAUUUUGAAGUGUCAGUGAUAGGACCAGCCCAGAGCUGGGUCGACCUCUUUGAGGGAAAAGUCAUCAUAUUAGACAUAAACGAUAACACUCCGUCUUUCCCUUCUCCUGUCCUGACACUGUCUGUGGAGGAAAACAGACCGAUUGGAACCCUUUAUCUGCUGCCCACAGCCACAGACAGAGAUUUUGGCAGAAAUGGAAUAGAGAGAUAUGAGCUUAUCCAGGACAAUGGGGAGAACUCAAGGCGCUUGGGGUCCUCGGGGGAUUCAUACUCGGGGAAGAGGAGAUUUGACGAAGGAGCGAGCAGGAGCAGUGUCUUUGAACUGCAAGUUGCUGACACUACUGAUGGAGAGAAGCAGCCUCAACUCAUCAUUAAAGGGGCCCUUGAUAGGGAACAGAGAGACUCCUAUGAGCUCACGCUGCGUGUUAGGGAUGGAGGAGAUCCCCCUCGCUCCUCGCAGGCCAUUCUGAGGGUAAUGAUCACUGACGUGAAUGACAACAGCCCUCGGUUUGAGAAGAGUGUGUAUGAAGCUGACCUCCCAGAAAACAGUUCCCCUGGUGCCCCCAUACUACAGCUUAAAGCGGCUGAUGCAGACGUGGGGGUUAAUGGUCAAAUCGAGUAUGUGUUUGGGGCAGCCACAGAGUCAGUACGGAGGCUGCUGAGGUUGGACGAGAGCACAGGGUGGCUGAGUGUGUUGCACCGUAUUGACCGUGAAGAAGUGAGCCAACUGAGGUUCACGGUAAUGGCCCGUGACCGAGGCCAGCCACCCAAAAUGGACAAGGCCACUGUGGUGCUGAACAUCAAGGAUGAAAACGACAACGUUCCUGCUAUUGAGAUCAGAAAAAUCGGCCGCAUUUUCCUCAAAGACGGCAUCGCCAACGUGGCUGAGGAUGUGGUCGUGGACACACCCAUCGCCUUGGUUCAGGUGUCGGACCGAGACCAGGGGGAAAAUGGCAUCGUGACCUGCACAGUUGUGGGGGACGUGCCCUUUCAGCUCAAACCAGCCAGUGAGAUGGAGGGUGAGCAGAAUAAAAAGAAAUAUUUCCUCCACACGUCUGCACCACUGGACUAUGAGGCCACACAGGAAUACAAUGUGGUCAUCGUGGCUGUAGACUCUGGAAGCCCCAGUCUGGCGAGUAAUAACUCUCUUAUCGUCAAAGUGGGCGACACUAACGACAACCCUCCUAUCUUCAGCCAGAAUGUAGUGGAGGUGUCGUUUCCAGAAAACAAUGCCCCUGGCGAGAGGGUGACAACAGUGGCAGCCAUUGACGCAGAUAGUGGGAAGAACGCUGAAAUAGCCUAUUCCCUAGACUCAUCAGUAAAUGGGAUUUUCUCUAUCGAUGCAGACAGUGGAGACAUCCGAGUAAACACCAUUCUGGAUAGAGAGCAAACAGAGCGCUACGAAUUCAAAGUGAUAGCCAAAGAUAAGGGCAUAAACACCCUUCAGGGUUCUGCAACAGUGGUUGUCCUUGUGGCCGAUAAGAAUGACAAUGAACCAAAGUUCAUGCAGGAUGUGUUCACCUUCUAUGUCAAAGAGAACCUUGAUCCAAACAGUCCAGUCGGCAUGGUUACAGUAAUUGAUGCAGAUAAAGACCAAAAUGCAGAGAUGGGUCUUUUCAUAGAGGAAGAAGAGGACAUCUUCUCUAUUGAGAAUGAAACUGGGACAAUUUUCUCCACUUUGUCUUUUGACCGAGAACAGAAAACUACAUACACAUUCCGUGUCAAAGCUGUGGAUGGAGGCGACCCUCCCAGAUCCGCCACCGCAACAGUUUCACUUUUUGUCAUGGAUGAAAAUGACAACGCACCGACAGUCACCUUUCCAAUAAACAACUCCUACACGCUCCUCCCUCCCUCCAGCAACAUCAGAACAGUCGUCAGAACCGUCAUCGCCACUGACACUGACACCGGCAUCAACGCAGACCUGAACUACAGCAUCAUUGGGGGAAACCCCUUCAAGCUUUUCGAGAUUGAUGGGGGCACUGGGGUCAUUUCACUGAUGGCGAAGCUGGAGCAGAAGCACUAUGGCCUCCACAGACUGGUGGUCCAGGUGAACGACAGUGGGCAGCCCUCGCAGAGCACCACCACGCUGGUUCAUGUUUAUGUUAAUGAGACUCUUUCCAACUCCACAGUUGUGGAGGCCCAGGUGUCUAAGAGCCUGAGCACGUCUCUCAACACCAACAUUGCUGGAGACCCAAACUAUGAUCUCAGCAAACAGCGAUUAAGCAUUGUAAUCGGAGUAGUUUCGGGCAUCAUGACAGUCAUUCUCAUCAUCCUGGUUGUUGUCAUGGCCCGUUAUUGCCGUCCAAAGAAUAAGAACGGCUAUGAGGCCGGCAAGAAGGAUCAUGAAGACUUCUUUACACCACAGCAGCAUGACAAAUCCAAAAAACCCAAGAAAGACAAGAAGAAACAGAAGUCCAAACAACCUCUCUACAGUAGCAUUGUCACUGUAGAGGCAUCCAAACCCAAUGGGCAGCGCUAUGACGGCGUCAAUGAGAAGCUGUCGGACAGUCCCGGCAUGGGCCGCUACCGUUCAGUCAACGGAGGGCCGGGCAGCCCAGAUCUGGCCCGCCACUACAAGUCCAGUUCACCACUCCCCACUGUCCAGCUUCACCCGCAGUCACCAACAGCUGGAAAAAAGCACCAGGCAGUUCAGGACCUGCCCCCUGCCAAUACCUUUGUUGGCACCGGAGAUAACAUUUCGCUUGGAUCUGACCACUGCUCUGAAUACAGCAGUCAAACUAUCAACAAGUACAACAAACAGCCGUUUCGCCGAGUGACCUUCUCGGUGGUGAGCCAGCCCCAGGACCCUCACCAGCAGGGAUCGCUGCAGAGCUGCUACGACAGCGGCCUGGAUGAGUCGGAGACACCCAGCAGCAAGAGCUCAUCGGGCCCCCGGCUGGGCGCCCUUCCCCUGCCUGAGGACAGCUACGAGAGGACAACGCCGGAUGGCAGUGUCGGUGAGGCAGAGCACAUGGAAAAUG